AUGUCUCGCUUGUCCCCAGAACUCCCCGCGUUGCGGGCGUCCCGCGAUUCCGCAAAGCCUCAUUCUCGCUGCACCUAUCGCCAGUUCUAUCUCCUCCGACAAGCGUCGACCGCGUCUCAACUCCGGAUAAUAGCGCAUAUUGACCUCGAUGCCUUUUAUGCACAAUGUGAAAUGGUCCGACUGGGAACACCGCGCGAGACACCACUCGCAGUGCGGCAAUGGGACUCGUUGAUUGCGAUCAAUUACCCAGCGCGAGAUUUUGGAAUCACACGGAUGAUCUCUGCGAAGGACGCGAGGGUCAAGUGCCCGGAUAUUGUUCUUCAGCAUGUUGCUACGUUUCGGGAGGGGGAGGGCGGAAAGUGGGCGUAUAGAGAGGAUGCAUGGAAAAACGUGGGAACGGACAAGGUUUGCCUUGACCCGUACCGGGCGGAGUCGCGGAAGACCUUGAAGGUGAUUAAGGAGAAGCUAGCGGGCUGGUAUACCGGGAUAAGUGGGGGUCAGCUGGGACUGGGUAGCCAGAACAAAAUACAGGAAGCACUUGUCGAGAAAGCGAGCAUCGACGAGGUCUUUAUCGACCUCUCACCAUUGGUGUUUGGCAUCCUGCUCCAGCGAUAUCCCGAAUUACGUGAAAAGCCGAACGGUGAUGAUCGAGUUGCACCGUUGCCUUGUCCACCCACUACUGCACUGGAAUGGAACACGGAGGACUGUCUGGUUGACUUGGAUGAGAACGAGACAGAGGUCGAUGACCCAGACUGGGAUGAUAUCGCCAUGCUUAUUGGGGCUGAGAUUAUUCGAUCAGUCAGAACAGCUGUCUGGGAUACGCUCAGUUACACAUGUUCCGCGGGACUUGCUAAGAACAAAAUGAUGGCCAAGCUGGGGAGCGCGACAAAUAAACCCAACAAGCAAACAAUUGUCAGGAAUCGUGCUAUCCAGAACUUCCUUGGUGGUUUCAAGUUCACCAAAAUUCGAAUGCUUGGGGGCAAAUUGGGUGACCAAGUCAGUGCUGCGUUUGGAACAGAACAAGUCAGCGACCUCCUUGGUGUGUCCCUGGAACAAUUCCGUGCCAAGUUGAGUGAUGAUACGGCAGCCUGGCUUUACGGGAUAAUUCGUGGAGAGGACCGAAGUGAGGUCAACCCCCGAACGCAAAUCAAGUCCAUGCUUUCCGCAAAAUCGUUCAGGCCGAGUAUAAACAAUCUCGACCAAGCCGACAAGUGGCUGCGUAUCUUCGCAGCGGACAUAUAUGGUCGCCUCAUUGAAGAAGGCGUGCUUGAGCAUAAGCGUCGACCGAAAACUGCUGCGUUGCACCAUCGGCAAGGCGUUCAGGUGAAAUCCCGACAACUGCCCAUCCCCGGAUCAGCUACAAUUGACGAAGACCUACUAUUUGAUCUUGGCAAGACGCUGCUUAGACAGGUUGCUACAGAUGGGAGCGCAUGGCCCUGUGCAAAUCUUUCUUUGAGUGCCGGUGGUUUCGAGGACGGGGUGUCCAAAAACCAAGCAAUUGAUGGUUUCCUACUACGAGGCGAUCAGGCAAAGAAUUUGGCACCCCCUGGCCGGAACCAUACGAUGGAUGAGUUAUCAACUGAACAUGAACAAUCAGCCAAGAAGCGGAGGAAGCUUGAAGACAACGGACUGGGGCGAUUUUUCAACAAGCAGCCGGAAGCCAACGGGACGGUUGGCUCCUCUGAACAGGAUCAAACAGCAGAUGCGUCGGAAUUCAAGCCUGACAAUGUCCAGUUGUUUGAAGAUGUUUUACUCUCGGACCAGGCAGAGCUAUCUACUUGGAGCGUCUACAACUGCCCUCGAUGCGGAAAGGCCAUACAGAUUGAUGGGGAGGAGGAACACAAUGACUGGCAUUAUGCGAAGGAUCUUGAAACUGAGGAAAUGCAAGCUGCCAGGAAUUCCCAAACAUCGCAAUUACCAAACAGGGCGGCUCCACCAAAUUCCCGCUCGAAACCUCGCGGCGGGCGAGGCAAAUCAGAAAAGGGACAAACGCGGCUCAGCUUUGGGUGA